AGUCAGGCUAACGCGCUCAAAAACAUGCCCACACAGAUAACAGGCGGGCAGGACGUGAGCAACUAUGCCGGAAGUGGCGGCCAACUUGCGACCGUUAUGGGCGAUGUGUGUGCUAUGCACCAUUUCGGGUUCCAUCGAGGCGCGCGUCCGACUGAGGGGACAAGGACCGGGUCGACUGUUGCACCGAGUGGACCCAAACUUCGUGUCCGUCACUAUAGACUCCAGCCUCGCUGAAGACCCGCUGUUCAUGCGCAUGCUCAGCUCUCCCAAAGUACGCGUCUUGGCCAAGGCGUUAUCUCCGGCGUUCGUCCGCUUCGGAGGAACCCGGCAGGACUUCAUGGAGUUCCAGCCCCAGGGCAAAUCCAGAGGCCCGAAGUCACAGCCCAAACCUCUUUCGGGUUGGUGGGAGGAGCAUCUGCUGGCGCUCUGGCGCAAACAGAAACAGCGGCUCACCGAAGAAGACGCCAGCAGGAAGUACCGGCAGGUCAAGUUCACAGAGAGCACGCUGGACGAGCUUUACACCUUCGCCAAUGUGUCCGGCUUGGAUCUCAUCUUCGGCCUCAAUGCAUUGCUCAGGAACGACGACAACAGCUGGAACAGCAGCAACGCGCAAGCUCUGCUGCGCUACUGCGAGGAACGGCGCUAUCGACUCUCAUGGGAGCUCGGCAACGAACCAAACAGCUUUGAGAAGAAGGCGGGGUUUCACGUGAACGGUGACCAGCUGGGUCGGGACUUUACGCGUCUGCGGGAAAUUAUGUCACAGUCGCCGUGGCACCGCUCCGCUCGCCUCUACGGGCCUGACGUCGGCCAGCCCAGAGGACGUACAGUGGACUUGCUAGAUGGGUUCCUGCACAGCGGGGCCGACGCUAUCGACGCCUGCACAUGGCACCAUUACUAUGUGAACGGUCGAGACACAUCGUUGGACGACUUCUUAGAUCCUAAAGUUCUGGAUUCACUGGUGGCAAAGACCAAACGAGUCAUCAAGGAAGUGAGGACCGUGUCUCCGGGCAAGCCCGUGUGGCUGGGAGAGACCAGCUCAGCGUACGGAGGUGGCGCUGUGGGCCUCUCUGACACCUUUGCGGCAGGAUUCAUGUGGUUGGACAAAUUAGGAGUGGCGGCCAAAGAAGGCGUGUCCGUGGUGAUGCGGCAGGUUCUGAUAGGCACAGGAGUGUAUCAUCUUCUGGACGACCAUCUGGAUCCUCUUCCUGACUUUUGGCUUACACUACUUUACAAACGUGUGGUGGGCUGCGGCGUCCUUCGCCCCGCUGGCUUUUUGGCACGGGCAGGACGCGGCCGCGUUCGUCUGUACCUGCACUGCGCCAAAGCCCCCAGGUACACAGAGGGCGCUGUCACGCUGAUUGCCCUCAACCUCAAUGAAAUACCCGUUAGCGUGAGCAUCCCGAGGUGGCUGGCGAGGAGCGGGGACGUCGACGCCUUUGUGCUGCAGUCGGACCAACCGGGCCGGGAUGGACUUUUGUCCAGCCGGGUGACGCUGAACGGCGUCCCGCUGAAGCUGUCCGGUUUGAGCCUUCCCGAGCUGGAAGGACGCCCCCUUGUGGCUUCGGAGCGCGUGGACCUUCCCGCCUUCUCGCUCGCCUUCUUCGUCUUCGCGGACGCGCGACAGACCGCUUGCGUCACCUGACCUUUCAUCGCCGCCAUCAUCAUCAUCAGCAGCAGCAGCAACUCCUGCUUCAUGUGAUGCAAAGCAUCCCAGUUCAAGCUGGAAUGGGCGAAACCUGUAAUUUGAGAUUUGAUUGUCUGCACUGCUUUUUUCUUUUUUACAUUUGCAAGGCGCCUAUUGGAAUAAAAGAAUCUUUCACAAUGA